AUGGUAACACUUGAAGAAUUUUUUGAAUCAAACAUCAAUUCGGAUUCUGAUAAUGAUUCAGCAUUGAUGGAAGAUGCUCUCUCUGAAGUUAUUUCAUCAUCAAUAAUAACAAAUGGUUCAUCAUCAUUGAGUGAUGAUGAAAAUUUUUUAAUUAUUUCUAAAACAAAAUCUGAUAGAAUUAAAGAACUUUUAAAUAAAAAAAAUAAACGACAAUUAAUUAAAUAUGCUAAAAAGACUGGUUUAAUUAAUAUAUUAUAUCGCAAACAGAUAUGGCCUUUAGUAAUUCGUCCACCAUCUUAUUGCACAGUUGAAUAUGAUAAUAAUAAUAAAUUAUAUUUUUGUCCAAUUAAUUAUUAUGCAGCAGAUAAAAAUCAAAUUGAAUCACAUCGAUAUUAUGGACAAGUUAGAAUGGAUGUUGAGAGAACAUUAAAACGAUUUCCACCGAAUUAUUCUGAUUCUGCUAGAAUUGAAUUACAAGAAGAACUUAUUAUAACUGUUAUUAAAAUGUUAAUUAAACAUGAUUAUCUUAAUUAUUAUCAAGGUUAUCAUGAUAUUUGUUUGACAUUUUUAAUUGUGCUCGGUGCAGAUUUGUGUCUUCCAUGUAUUGAUACAAUAACUAAAUCACAUUUCAAAGAUUUUAUGGAGCCAACAAUGGAAAAAACACGAGAUUUACUUUCUUAUUUAAUGCCACUUAUCAAUUGUGUCAAUAGUGAAUGUGCUGAAUAUAUGCAGAGAGGUGGUGUUGGAAAUGUUAUGUUUGCAUUAUCAUGGUUUAUAACAUGGUACUCUCAUGUAUUAGAUGAUCUUGACAUAAUCCUGCGACUUUAUGAUUUAUUUAUUGUUUCACAUUUUCUUAUGCCAAUAUAUGUAGCUGCUGAAAUUGUUAAUUUCCAUGCAGAUCAAAUUUUAUCAAUUGACUGUGAUAUGCCUUCAUUACAUCAAUAUUUAACACGUUUACCCAGUGAAUUAGAUAGUAAUACUUGGGAAGAAAUUAUAAAUAGAUCAUUACAUCUAUUUCGAAAUCAUCAUCCAGACACACUUGAUGUAUUAAAUGAUGAAUGGAUAAAAAGAUGUGAAUUUAUUGAAAAAUUACCUAUGGAAACAUCUAUUCGACGACGAUAUGGUAAAGAUUCAUUGGAAAAUGACAAUAAUAGAGAAACAUCUUCGAAUAUAAAUGAUCGAAACGAACAGCAAGGUGCAUUACCACGUAUUGUUCUUUGGGGUGUGACACUGACGAUAAGUGGUUUAGCUAUUUAUAUAUGGAAUCAUACACAACGAACAGAUCCAACGACAAUUAUUAGUCUUGGAGAUUUUCUUGCGCAAUUAUAUGGAAAAUAA